AUGGCUGGAGAAUCCCGUGUUCAUGAUGAAGAUCCUAAAACUCCUAAAACCCCUAUCAACACCACUGCCAAAACACUCGAUCCCUCUCAUCCCUAUUUUGUACACCCAUCAGACAACCCCACUUCAGUCUUAGUUCAGCCUCUUAUGAAUGGUGACAACUAUAGCACUUGGGUUCGUGGUAUAACAAAAGUUCUAAGUGCUAAAAACAAAUUGGGUUUCGUUAAUGGAGUGCUUAUUGAACCAUCUUCGGAUGUUGAUGCUGAAAACCACCACAACUGGAAACGUGCUGAUGAUCUUGUUUCCAGUUGGAUAUGUCACUUCACUAUUCCUCAAAUCAAAACAACUAUUGAUUACAUACCUUCUUCAUUGGUUGUUUGGAAGGAUUUGAAAGAGCGUUUUUCUGAAACAAGUGCUCCCAAGCUUUUCCAACUUAAGCAAUCCAUUGCUUCUCUCAAACAAACUGAUCAGUCAUUGUUUGCUCAAUACACCACUAUAAGAUCCUUAUGGGAUGAAAUAGAUUCCAUCCGUCCUCUCCCAAACUGCAUCUGCGGAGCCAGCAAGCAAACCCUUGAACUUAUGGAUCAGGAUUGUGCUAUGGAGUUCCUCCAAAGUCUCAAUGAUCGAUUCUCUAACCUUCGCAGUAAUAUCUUGCAGCGAGAAACCUUCCCAACUGUUCGCACGAUCCAUAACUUGGUUCGUCAGGAGGAGGUACAACAAGAGAUGCAAGGUCAUUCCAAUUCCUCCAUUGAUGUCGCUGCUCUCCAGCUUCUUCUUAUGAUAAUUUAA